GUGUGUGUGUGUGUGUGUGUGUGUGUGUGUGUGUGUGUGCACACUCAUAAAAGGUAGAGAAAAUUAGCUUUAGGUCUAUGCGUAUCAGGGGAAAAUGGUACUCGGUGUCACUGUUCUACUUUCAUCUGUGUCAUGUGGUCUGUGGUUGGUUGAUUGAUGUUGUCCUGGCAUCUCUGACGUGUUUGUAGCCAAUCAGAUGAGAAUUUGUCCUCCUAAAGUGACAUUUGGACAAAUAAGCUUCCACUUGACAGUCAGACUGUAACACAACAGCCUAAUCUGCAUCUUCACAAGCGCCCAUAGAACCAAACCACUAAACUAUCAAGGUUGAACUCUAUGACAUUUUACGAGUGUUUCAUAAUCUAUUAGAAUUGAAUUCACUUUGAGGCCACAGGGCACUUGAACUCCUUUGAAGAUUAGUCGCCCAGGUCUGUCUGCUUUGCAUCUGAAAGACCCCUGAAGAAUAGGCAUGUUAGGUACAUAAUCAUGGCCCAUGUGGCAAAGUUAAAGCCUAUUUUAUAUAUAUAAUAUAUAUAUAUAUAUAUAUGUAUACACCCCACCUGAGAUUUUAUGACCGUAGAGGGAAUGUUCAUUUUGCAUGUGUCUUUUUUUGUCCCUCCUGCUCGAGCAGUUUUGCACAGCCAAAACCAAAGGAAACGAAUAUGAAUAUCCCCCCCCCCCAAAUAUCACCUGUGAAAGACGAGGUUUUAUGCAUCGUACAGUCUCUCCACGCAUGGACUAAAUAUUAUAACAUAGCAGAAUAGUUGGCACAACUGGGCUCUACCAAAAUGAAGCGGUAGAUAUGUUUGUAAAGAGUCAUAUUACAGUACGUACGUCUACACCAUAUAGAUUAUGUCCAUGGUAUUGCUUGUGUUAAUCUGAGUACUUCUAUGUGUAUUUACUACUGACUUAAGGUACAUUUUAUAAUAUAUAUAUGUAUAUGUGUGAGAGAGUGAGCAGCAUAUGGUGGUGUGAAGUUAUUCUUUGAACUGAAAGCCCUAUUCUGAUUGGGCCAUUUCCAAACUGCUCUCUGCUGCCUUUUGGUCCUUCGUAUGAUAGAUGGACUGUGGCGCAUCACCUUACAUUUUUAUAUUUGUAACAAUUUUAAAAAACAUUUUAAUUUUUUUUUCUCCAUUUCAGUUAUUUUAACAUUUUGAUUUUAAACGUUUUAGUACACAUGACUUUGCCUUUUGGAUUGAGUCUCCCUGGAAUUGUAUGAUGAUUUUUUCAUUUCAUGUGUUCCUUACUUUUUGAUUUUUAUUUUUAUUUUGAGCAAAAACUAAGUCACUAAUGUAAUUUGUGUUGUGUCCAGGAGGUACUGUGAGAAAGUUGUUGUUCCCUGACCCAUGUGUUUCUGGCAUUUACAGUAGUGAGGUGUUUGUAUAGCAGCUUCAGGGUGAAAGAACAUUAGCUAGGUCUCCAUAAGUCAAACUCAUAUGUGUAUUUGGAGUUAUCGUCUGUGUAUAUUUAAUCACUAAUAAUUAGAAAAAAGUAUAGGUCUUUUAGAAAACAUACCUUUUUACAAAAUUACUUAUUGCACUUUUUAUUUUCCCUGGUUUUUAGGCUUCAUUUUACUUCAACAGACAUUUUGUUCUCUCCCCAUCUUUCCUGGAUUUCCAAUCUCCUUGUAGUGAUCAUCUGGAUUGCUGUUUUUAAACAAGAUGGUUGACUUUUUCUACAGCCAAUGCCUGACUUUUUCCCCCCCAAGUAAAAAGGGAGCUUAGAGGAGAUGUUUGUAUCACUUUCAGUGAGUGAUCGAGGUAGGGAUGCAUCUCUUAAUGAAAUCUUGACCAAAGCCACCCAUGGUGCAAACCAAGCUUUAAGGGAUGAGGCUAUUACGAUUGCUACGAGUCGGAAAAUGUUCCCCAAAGGGCUAAUACAGGUCUGCCUCUAUAUCAUAGCUUUAAAAACCCAUUGCAAAACAACCAAACUGCAAAAAUCAGAGGCCCUGGUUGCUUUCUCUCUCUCUCUCUCUCUCUCUCUCUCUCUCUUUCUCCCCACUCUCACUCUAUCUUUCUAUUUCUCCAGGUAUCUCCCUCCUGUUUAUGUUUUUGGUGGUUAUUUUGCUGGUUAUCCAUUAAAACUUGUUAACACUGUAUGUAGAGAAAGUACUGGUCUGCCUCGCUAAAGGGAAAAAUUGUUCUUCUGGAUGUAAUUUUUAUCGUGCCGACAAAUAAUAUAAACUGUACAUUCAAUAAAUACAGGAUUUUGUUUAGAGAA